CCCGAGAAGAGCCGCCGCCGCGCAAAGCCGCUUCGACGCCGUCACUCAUCGGGGCGCAACCAUGGUGGCCGCAAAGAAGACGAAGAAGUCCACGGACAACAUCAACAACAAGCUUCAGCUUGUGAUGAAGAGCGGCAAGUACACGCUCGGCUACAAGACUGUCCUCAGGACCCUCAGGAAUUCUAAGUCAAAGCUAGUGAUCAUUGCUAACAACUGUCCUCCGCUUCGGAAGUCUGAAAUUGAGUACUAUGCUAUGCUGGCUAAGGUGACAGUCCACCACUUCCAUGGAAACAAUGUUGACCUUGGAACAGCCUGUGGAAAAUACUUCCGUGUCUGCUGCCUCAGCAUUAUCGAUCCUGGUGAUUCUGAUAUCAUCAAGACUACACCGGGCGAGCAGUAAGGAUGCCACAACAGCUGUACUCGGCAUCUGAAUUCUUAGUAGCUGAUGAUUUUGAUGUACUUGUCUUUUAUCGUGUUCCGUCAGAAUUUAUAGAGUUCUUGGCAACAUUGUGUGGAUUGAACAUUUCGUUCCAGACAUUUGCUAAUUGUUGAAUGGAUCUCUUGCCGGAUGUGCUCGGAUUACAGC